GCUGCCUGGCUACAACCCAGUAAGUACAUCUUGAUGAAAUUUAUGAAGUAUAACCAAAUAGGGCCGAGUGAUGUGUCAGUCUUAUAUCAUGGACAAUCUGAAUUUGUCAACUGAUUUUUUUGUUGUGAGAGAGGCUUCAGUAAUUGUUUUAAAGGUAAGAAUUGAUCACUGUAUGCUACAGAGAGCAUUGGACUGUUUUUUUUAUGUUUAUGCUGCUAGGCUAGUGAGCAUAUUGUGUAUCCCAAAAAUGUGGAAAAACCUAUUAUAAAUUUUUUGUAACUAGCUUACAUUGUACAAGAGGCAAGAAUAAUUGUGGAUCAUGAUUCUACCUCAAAAGAUCAUGAUUUUUGACCAGAUAGCCCAGCCCUAAAACCUAAGAUGAAACAUCAUUUAAUGCAUCUUGUUAAUGUCAUUAUUUUUGUUUUACAGCACGGAGCACUGAAAUCCACAUCCAGUCACCAUUUACUUCUCCAGCUUCCUCGACGCACUCCUCAUUCUCCUCUGACUCGCCAAGUUGGCAAAUACCUGCUGCUGAUUGGGUUGACAGCUUCAAGAUUCCAUGGGAGAAGUUUCCAGAAGCGUUGAUACAUUGCUUUGAGAGAAACAAAAGCCCUAGCCCACGAUUACGACGAGAAAUGAUACGGAUUGUUGUUUCUGACAUGAUGAAAGCCUGUGCUUCACCCAGUAAACAAGCUUCCACAGAAGUAGCCAAAAGAAUUGUUGUGAAGUAUCCGCAGUCAUUGCAAGAUGUCAUAGAAGGUGAUGUGGUGGGAACAGGAUAUCGCUCACUAGCUAAGCAGUUACAAACCUGAAUCAAAAAUGUGAGGCGGUGUUCAUCACCAAAGAUGAUUAAGCGCAGACGAGGGUCAGAAGAAUACGACAGAGGAAAUCCCAGCCGACAAAAGGGCAGCUGUUCAGGACACAUAUGGUUGCAUAAAGUGGGACAUGAAAUACAUGCUACUUGAUGAGACACUAGAAACACUGCAGGAAAAGAAAGACAAAAUGAAAAUGCUCAAUGAACAGACCAACUUCAGUCCAGAUGAUGUGAAAGUGCAUAUGAAGUGCACCUACUACACUCAACGUAAAGAGAUAAACAAGGGAACACAACUGCAGUCACUUGUGGAGGACUGGCCUUUUUGUUUCAGGAGAUUGGAAUGACAGUCCACUUCCAGGAGCUCACUGGGGUAUCACUAAAGGAGACUUUUCUGAACAGCGUAGAGAAAAAAGGAAAGCGACUUCUGGACUUUAUAAAAAACAUUUGUGCAGCAAAGAGCAAACGAGUUUUGCAGGUCAUCACCAGGCUGGAAAUUCUGAGAGGACAGUUGGAGGGCUGUUCAGAAGAUGUGAAGGAUAUGGUGCUCCUUCUUCCAUCCUGUUUUGAUGAGAAAGAACAGAGCCUCCUCCACUAUGUAGAAACAACAUGUCUGGCAAAAGAAGUAGAUGUGGAAAGCCUGCCUGUGACACCUUGCAUCAUUGUAUGUGGACCUACCUGCUGUACCUCAACGUGGUUUAUGCUGAGUGUAGACCGCAAGGUUGUGAAUGACCUCAUCCCCACUUUCAUCUCUGCCAUCUGUUUGAUGUUCGGGAGCUACUAUUGCCUCAAUAUCCACUAUCCCAUGGAGCUGGGUUCUACGCUUGAGUUCCUUCAGAGGUGUUUCUUCAACAUCAAUCCAGAGAAGGGCACAAAAGUUGAGACAAAGAAAAACAAGAAGCAACUGUCAGUGAACCCAAGAGUCCUCACCCUCAUCGCAGAUCUCCCUGAUCAUGAGUGGAGAGAAACAUGUUGAAGAUGGAGUUAACUGUUAAGACUAAACUUUCAUGCACUGUUCAGAUUCAAGUUCACACAUGAAACUACGUGCUAUAGACUUCAACAAUACUGAAACAUUCUUAAAAACUUGCCAGUUUACACCAAUAUGUUAUAGAUGAGACGGUGUAUUGUUUCCAUAGCAAUUAAUCUCUAUACUACUGUUCUAAUAGCUGGCUUUUCAGCCUUUUUUGUUUCUGAAUAUAUUUGUGUCUUCAGAUAUAAGUGAGGAUAGCGAUGUUGAGUUUACAGGUAGAGUUGCAUUUAUAGUAUUGAUGCACAAAAAAGUAAAAAGGAGUCUGCGCACAACAAAAAAUUGCUCCGAUUGCAGCCAGUAGCGUGAAAAAUAAAUAAACAGAAAAGACACAAGGUGGCAUCAUCAACCAUCCCACCUUGUAUAUAAUAUAUUAAAUGAUCUGAGAAUAAUGAUAGUAAAAUUGGACUUACACACACCAAUAUAAAAAAAACGCAACAGUGUACAAACUCCUUUUACUUUUUUGUGAUUACUUGGUUCAGUUUGUGUUGCACCCGAUACAGCACCUGGAUGUGUGCACUUUUUCAAUUUAAGAUUGAUGCCCUGAGAUGCAGAAUAAUUCAAUUCAAUUCAAUUCAAUUUUAUUUAUAUAGCGCCAAUUACAGUCAAAUUGUCUCGAGACGCUUUACAGAACCCAUAUGCCUGACCCCCAGAGCAAGCCAAAAGGCGACAGUGGCAAGGAAAACACCCUUUUAACAGGGAAAAAAACCUCGAGCAGAACCCGGCUCUAAUGUGGGGGGACCCAUCUGCCUGCUGGCCGGGCGGGUUGAGAGGGACAGAAGAGGUAGAGAGGUAGAGAUAGAGGGGUAGAGAUAGAGAUAGAGGGAUACAGAUAGAGGGGUAGAGAUAGAGAGGUGGGGGGGUGGGACACAAGGACCAUAAAACACAGCCACACAUCUGAAGCAUCCAGCAUCCAGCUCUGGGACCAGGGACACUCGGAGAAAGGACACAGAAAGAAACAGAGUGAAUGUAAUGCAAUAAUGGUGUAUAUAUAGUAAAUACAUAGGUAGUUAGAGAAGGGCUCAGUGCAUCAAGAGAGGUUCCCCAGCAGUCUAGGCCUAUAGCAGCAUAACUAGGGGCAAACUAAAGGGACGUCAAGAGGGGAAGUCAGUUGUGCAAAUGAAAACACCAGCUCACCCCGUCAGGGUCACCCAGUCAGCCCUAACUAUAAGCUUUGUCGAAAAGGAAGGUUUUAAGCCUGGUCUUAAAAAUAGAGAGGGUGUCCGCCCCCCGAACCCAAACUGGGAGCUGGUUCCACAGGAGAGGUGCCUGAUAACUGAAGGCUCUGCCUCCCAUUCUACUUUUAGAGAUUCUAGGAACAACAAGUAAGCCUGCAGUCUGAGAGCGAAGAGUUCUGCUAUCAGGUCUUUAAGAUAUGAUGGAGAUUGGUUGUUAAGAGCUUUAUAUGUCAGAAGAUGUAUAUAAUGUUCUUUGAUGUCUACAUUGUUAGCAUCAUAGUUUUAAUAAACAGUUUUGAGAUGUCAUAUGUAUGUAAUGUGACUUGAAAUGUUAGAGAUUACUAAUUCCCAACGAUCAGCUGCAAUACAAGAGCAUUCUUUUUUUGUCAUUUGUGUUUGAGGCUGUUUCAGUUCGGUCAGACAAUUAAAAUGGAAGACUGUCUUUAUAUGUUCUGAAAACAGUAAAGGGUGGUUUACUUCUGGGUUAGCUCAGAGUUAGUUUUCAGAUUUAUUUAUUCAUAGUCUGUUUGGAGAAGUAGACAGUACUUAACUUCUGUGCAUGUACUCCUGUCUGUUUCUCUAAACAUGGGAUGUGCUGACAGUCAUCUACUGUAGGUACUGACUAUGGAGAAAGUAAAAUCACAUAACCCUAUGCUACAUUUUUUUUUUGUAAAUCAAUACUGCAUUUGAGUUAAUAAAACAGUGUUAUGAAAAACA